GAUUAUUGUUGUGGUUGGGGUAAAUAGUACGCUCAUUGGUUGGGGUGCGCGUUCUUCGAAACGGAUCCUGAAAUUGUGUAAUGUAUGGUCAAAAUUUAUGCUCUAUGAGGAAAUAUUUCGUCAUUCAAAAUGAGUUCAUCUGUUGACUUAGAAAAUGGCCUCCUCAGUUAUUCUAAUCCAAAUUAUAAGCUAACUGCAUCAGAUGAGAAUUGCAACGUUGAGGUGCAGGAUGAUUCUGAUGAACUUUAUGAGGGAUUAGAUAUUGCGUGCCGAGUAUCUCGUAGGCCCGGAAUUCGAAAUCGUCGUAAAUAUGCAAGCUUGGAUCCUGUGUCUAUGGGUGUUGAUGUUGACUUAGAAACUACCCCAAUGCUUACUGAAAGCACAGAAAAUAAUUUAAACGAACCAGAAAGUUUAAAUCCUAGUGAGCCAGAACUUUUCCAAGCUGUUGAUAAUGGUAAUUCAAUUUUUGACUCAAAUGAUAAUAAGGAUAUGGGGAAAAGGUCAAGUUUCUUAGAAUACUGCAUUAGUCUUGAAUCAGCUUCUCAAAAACAGAAGAAACCAGCAGCAUGCCAAGCUGCAUAUUCCUCUGACGGCAACCUUUCUUCUGAAUCAAAUGUAUUUGAAAAAUGCUAUGAGGAUAGAGAAUUUUUUAAUCAAGCUGAUGGACUAAAUCAUAUAAAAGGAUCUUUCUCACAGAAUUCAUAUUCUGUAUUACACAAGAAAAGCAUUCCAGUGCUUGAUCAGAAGUCACUGUUAAGCAUUCCUAUUAGAUUCAGUAAUACUUUGAACUCUGAGAAAACAUUGUAUUCAGAAGCUAAUGACUGUGAUUCUCUUCCAUCUGGUUGGGAAAAACAUGAAGAUGACAAUGGACCAUAUUACUGGCAUAUCAGCAGUGGGACAAUCCAGCGAGAGCCUCCUAUUUUACAUGUUGGGUGUAAUAAAACUCCAAGCAGAAUGUCAAAAGAUCUUGAAUUGAUAGCGACUGAAAACGAAUUUUGUUUGAAUUCCUGUAAAGCAUCUUGUGGAAUAUCUGUUGCAAAUGAAACAUCCCAUAACAUCUUGAGCGUUCAUUCACUUGAUGAAAAAUAUAAGAGGAGGAGUUGUCCUGAUGGUUCUUGUAGUUUAACUUCUGAUAAAAGACCCAUUCGGUUUGCUGUCAGAUCUUUGGGCUGGGUGGAAAUUGCAGAGGCUGAUUUAACACCUGAAAGGAGUAGCAAGGCUGUUAACAAAUGUAUAGUUGAUUUAUCUAUGGGCAGAAAUGAUAUACUUGAUGUUGUUGGAAGAUGGGGUGAUGGAAGGGAUUUGUUUAUGGAUUUAGAUGACUAUUCCUUGCGUUUGAUGGAUACACAAGAUUUGACAGUUCUUAAUACUCAACCAAUUCAUACAAUCGUGAUGGGAUUGGCGGACAAUGGAAUAGAAAGAGAUUUUGCGUAUGUGGCUCGUGACAGAAUAACCAAAAAGCACAUGUGUCAUGUCUUUCGCUGUGAUAUCCCGGCACGAAUAAUAGCAAACACAUUAAGGGACAUAUGUAAAAAAAUAAUGAUUGAAAGAAGUCUGCAACGUAAUUUGGAGAAACAGAUUGAAUCUAGUUCAGAAACAGAAACUUCCGACUCAAAACGAGGUGUUCCUAUGCGACCAACAGAUCUACCUAUGGAGCAGCAGCAGUUUCAAACCUCAGAAUCCCAGGGUUCCUAUACAGGUCAGUUUUUUCCCACUCCUAUGGAAGAACCGAAGAAAGUUCUCAAAGUACAUUACUUGGGAUGUGCUAAUGUUGAAAAAGCUACUGGGGUUGAUGUGCUAAAUGAUGCAAUUAGCCAACUUUCUGAUUCUGUACCCAAAUCAGAGUAUAAAUAUGUCAAUGUUGCAGUUGCACCAUCUACAAUUACUAUAUCAGAACCUGGAGACGAGGGGAAGCAAUUAGCAGAAUGUCGGGUGCGUUUUUUAUCCUUUCUUGGAAUUGGGAAGAAUGUCAAGAAUUGUGGAUUUAUUGUGCAUACAGCUCAGGAUGAGUUUGUUGCUCAUGUUUUCUACUGUGAGCCUUCAUCAGGUGCUCUAUGCAAAACUAUUGAAGCUGCUUGCAAAUUGCGCUAUCAGAAAUGCUUGGAUGCUCACAGACAAGAUACUGAUCGGAAAAAUUCAGAGGCACAAAAAAAGGGUCUAGGGACUGCUUUAAAAAGUGUUUUUGGAACAUUUUUUUUAACUAGACUGAGCAAGAGUGCUGAAACAUGAAGUUAAAAGUAUUGUUUCUAGAGGAAUUAUCCAGCCAUAUUUAUUUACAUCAUACUAUUAUUUUGGUAGAUAUUUUAUGUACAGUAUUGUAGUUUAGUGUUAUGUAAUUUUUAUUAAAUAUGUUUGACUCAAGAUUAAAUGUUGCCUUUAGGUCUGUUAGCAUUCAUAGCAAGCAAUGUAAGCAUUUUCAGAUUACUGUCACAAUAGGCAAUGAGUGAGAUGAUUCAUAAAUUGUCUGCAUUAUAUGUGAGCUUCUUUUUUUAAAGAUGUAAAUAAUUGUAAAAUAUGUUUAUCCUGUGAAUUUUUUUAUGCUGUUAGCACUCCUAACAUGUUUGAAAAUUGUAAUAAGCAAAAAUUGUGGUAUAUAUUUGAAUAUUAGUUUGUUAUUUAUGUGACCAAAGUUCAGAAAUAUUAAUUCUGCAUUCCCCCCUUCUACCAAAUGGAGAGUUUUAAAUAUGAAAUUUACAAAUGACAUUCUGAUUAUUGAUGAUUCUGUUGUUUUAGAGGCAAAAUCAGAUACUUUUUAUAGGGACCUUGCAUACAUUAUCACCACUGCCAAUUUUAAUUAUUUUUCAUUCAAACAUUCCUUGUCGUCAUAAAUAGCCAACCAAGUAUUUUCUUUUAUUAUUAUAUCAUUAAUUUUUAAUGCAUACUAUUGAAAAUACGAAUUAAAAUGCAUACAUAUCAAAUUAUUGCGGGCAAAAUUAUAUCCUGAGGCUGCUUUGGCAUUUAUUUUCCGGCUAUUAUAUCUAUAGUAUUGACUUAUUGACAGUAAUUAAUAUUUUUUUUAUUAGAAGUGAAAAUUUACAGGAUUUCUUAGAAGCAAUGUGGAUGCAAUACAUCUUGUUUGCUUUGUAACCGUGAAAGCUAAAUUAAAUUUUUUUUUUUUUUUUUUUUUUUUGCAAGAAAUAAUAAUAACUUUAUAUAGUUUUCUUAUUUAACAAUAUUCAUGAUAAUUUUGUUUAAAUGUUUGGAGCUAUUUUUUAUGUUCCAUGAAUUAUAUGGAAGAUUUUUUAAAAAAUUACCCCCAUGUGUAUCAUUUAUAUUAUUGUUAAUUUUAUAUGUAUGUCAUCUGAUGUUUACUUUUUAAAUACUUAGAAACGUCCUGAAAUUGUGCAGCUAAAUAUAUUAGCAAUAUAUUUUUAUUACUUUUUAAUUUAUACAAUUAUAAUAUAUGCUGUGGUAUACUAUUUUAUGUAUUUUAUAUGAAUAAUAUAUAAAGCUAUUGAUGUAUAUAAAUUAUAACUUCCUAAUUUAAUGUUUUAUAUUAAAUUAUAAAUAAUUUCAUUAUCAUAAAGAGAUUUCUUAUUCUUUAUGCAUCAUAAUAAAAAUCUCAGAACUUUAAAAUGCUGGUAUGAUCAUAUUAAUAGCUAGUGACAUUUUGACUAUCUUGUGCAUCUUAGCAGGAAAUGUUAUAUGUAUCCUGGCAAACAUAAAAGACACAAUCAGUAUAAUCUGAUAAAUUAAUCUUAACACUGAAAGAGUUGUGCUGAAUUUUAUUAUCAGUUAAUAUGUGAAAAUGAGGUGAUGAAUUAUUGUUUUCUUUUCAGUUUCUUUUUUUUUGGGGGGGGGUCUACAUUGGGAUUUUUAAAUCAGAAUACAUUUUUGUGUAAAUCAUUUGAAUUGGGAAAGGUAUCAUUUUAAAGUAAUGUGCAUAAAAUAAUUACAUUGAAAAACUUUAAAAUAUAUAUUUAAUACUUACCCUUAACUCACUCAGACAUGGUACAUAAUAAGGCAGAAAGGAAUAAAAUGUGGAAAAUAAUUAGUUUCAAUUUAUGUCAGCAUUAAUAAUAAUGUGAAGUGGUAAUGUGGCCUUAAAAACAUUUAAGCAGUAAAAAUAUUUUAUUUUAAAAAAUUAUUAAAACAUUUCAUUUAAAAAGAAAUAUUUCAACAUUAUUUGUAUGUUUUAGUACUACAAAAUUAUCUUAUCACUUCCCGAUAUUUGCAUAUCAAUUGUAUGUAUAAUAUCUUAUUUGAUAAUAAUUAGUGUAAAUGUCAGUUGUUCACCUGAAAAUUAGUUUACUUUUCUGAUUAAUAAAUUGUAUUAUUUAACAAAA